ACUGAUAAAUCAUUUUUGGAAAAAAUAGCUUAGAUGAAUAUUCAAGCCAAUUUGCUGUCCUUGCUUUGCCUGACUCUCAUCGAUCUUCUGCCAGUGGCAUGGACCCGAUCUUUGACCGUCUCGCUAAACAUGUCCAUGACAAGAACCCUGGUUCCAGAUCCUCCAAACGGCACAGAGACCAAGCUUAGUCAGGAUAUGCUGAGGUCCUGUAUGCGAAAGACCGAGAUCUCGAUGUCACAGCUGAAGCUCUUUCACAUGAGCCUGAUGAAUAGUGACUAUACCAAUGAUAACGAUGUAGCCCCCACCCCAGUUCAAUCUAUUGGCGAUGUCAAUAACCUGGGAGAACUGGACUUUAAUGGCAACUCACAGAUGCCCUAUCUCGAUCUCAAGCACAAUGAGCCACUGCAGUGUUUUGUGAGUUGUCUAUAUGAAACUCUGGAUCUGGACAGGUACAAUGUCCUGCUGGAGGAGGCUUUUAAGAACCAGGUCCAGACGAUCAUCCAGCAUGAGAAGGCCGAGAUCAAGGAGUGCAGCGAUCUUCAGGGCAAAACACGAUGCGAGGCAGCCUACAAGUUGCACUUGUGCUACAAUCACCUGAAAACCUUGGAGGCGGAGCAGCGUAUCCGCGAGAUUCUUGAGCGAACGGAGGCGGAGAGCGAGGGUUUCGGACCGGAUGGCAAUGACUUUAUCGAUGGUAUCCAGCACUCUGGCGAAACAGGGACCACAACCAAGUCGGAGUAGAUAAAUAUUUAUGUUUGCUUGUCGUAUUUUAAUGGUGUCAGCUUAAAGUAACUAAAUCAACCAAUCAAGUAAU